CCGCCUGGUUCCUGGAGCUGAGGUCAAAUUGUCUGAACAGGCUGAUUUGCAUAGCCCAAUGGCUGCGCGUAUGCAAAUGAAGAGGAUGGUGGUUGGCUGGGGGUUGGCAGGAUAACUCCUGGGAGCGGGGCCUUUGUCCUUCAGCGGCUGUGAGGCAGCUGUGGAGUUAGUGUCGUGGUUAGUGGCGAGUGGGCUGCUGAGAGCUAACUAACGAGCAAGCGAGCGAGCGGGGCGGGAGGGGCGGACGGCGCGGUGGUGGCGGGCGCUGGAGGAGCCUGCAAGGGAGUGUGGAAAGCAGGCGCCCGCGCGCCGGCGGUGGCAGGAGCAGCUCGCACGCCGCUCUCUCUCUGUGGGCGACCUGCAGUUGCAAUAUGACUUUGGAGGAAUUCUCGGCUGGAGAGCAAAAGACCGAAAGGAUGGAUAAGGUGGGGGAUGCCCUCGAGGAAGUGCUCAGCAAAGCCCUGAGUCAGCGCACCAUCACCGUCGGGGUGUACGAGGCGGCCAAGCUGCUCAACGUCGACCCGGAUAACGUGGUGCUGUGCCUGCUGGCGGCGGACGAGGACGACGACAGGGACGUGGCUCUGCAGAUCCACUUCACCCUGAUCCAGGCAUUCUGCUGCGAGAAUGAUAUCGACAUCCUGCGUGUCAGCAACCCGGGCCGGCUGGCCGAACUCUUGCUCCUGGAGACCGAUGCGGGCCCCGCAGCCAGCGAGGGCGCAGAGCAGCCCCCGGACCUGCACUGCGUGCUGGUGACGAAUCCGCAUUCAUCACAGUGGAAGGAUCCUGCCUUAAGUCAACUUAUUUGUUUUUGCCGGGAAAGUCGCUACAUGGAUCAGUGGGUUCCAGUGAUUAAUCUCCCUGAACGGUGAUGGCAUCUGAAUGAAAAUAACUGAAGCAAAUUGCACUGAAGUUUUGAAAUACCUUUGUAGUUACUCAAGCAGUUACUCCCUACACUGAUGCAAGGAUUACAGAAACUGAUGUCAAGGGGCUGAGUGAGUUCAACUACAUGUUCUGGGAGCCCGGAGAUAGAUGACUUUGCAGAUGGAAAGAGGUGAAAAUGAAGAAGGAAGCUGUGUGGAAACAGAAAUACAAGUCAAAAGGAACAGAAAUUACAAAGAACCAUGCAGGAAGGAAAACAAAACUAUGUAUUAAUUUAGGAUGGUUGAGUUACAUUUAAAUAAACCCAAUAUGCUUUGUUAAAGUUUAAAUGUGCAGCCAUAGUUUGGGUAAUUUUGGUUUUUAUGCCCUCAAGUUAAAAAAAAAAAAAAAGGUUAAUCAUAUUUUAAAACCAUAUUUUAUUGUAUUUUGAUGAGAUGUUAAAUUCUCAAAGUUUUAUUAUAAAUUGUACUAAGUUAUUUUAUGACAUGAAAGGUUAUUUAUGCUAUAAAUUUUUGGAAACAAUAUCUGCAAUAAACUGGUAUGGAAUAAUUGCAUCAUUUC